AUGGGACCUAUUUCCAGUAGCAGCAUUAUUCUUGAAUUUCUGGACGCCUUGAAUAAUAAAAAGAAGCCAAACUCUGGUGAUACAUCGACUAUCGAAGCAGCCUUUUUCAUAGUGUAUAUACGUCGAUUAAUUAACAGAUUUGGGUUGACUUCCGACGAGCAGGAAGAUAGAAAGAGCGAAAGAUAA